AUGAACAUUGCGGACGCCUUGUCUCGUGGCGACAUCACUUCAUUUCUGACUGGCUUUCCCAAUGCAGUGGCAUCAAUGCCGAUUCCCUUGCCUCUGCAUUUAGCAGACAAGAUUGUUCAAUCAUUCCACAGGCACGAGCCUCCCCCACCCUCAGCACCUUACAUCGAGUCUUCUCACCUCUGCCCGCAUUGCAAGGCAGCAGAAAGGCUAUUCACAUGGCGAGGGCCAAACUCACCUCCUCCGGCAACUAUAGAGCACCCGGUCAUCUGCCAUUUGGCCAGUAUUGCUACCUGUGCGUCACUCCGAGAUGCAGCAAGCUAUGGUGCUGGAUUGCGCAAGUUCCACAGAUUUUGUGACAUCUUCUCAGUUCCUGAGUCCAACCGCCUUCCAGCAUCUUUUGAGUUACUCCACUCCUUUGCCUUAUGGGUGGUUGCUGACCCAAAUUCUGGUGACCCACUGUUGUCCACCGAAGGCAGCAUCCCUUUCGGACCGGUCUCAGUGGGAGUCGCACGAAAAUACUUAUCGGCAGUACGCGCAUGGCACAUCGCACAAGGAUGGCCCCCACCACUAUCUGAUUCCAACCACGACCGAAUUAACUGGUCACUUCGAGGCCUUGAAAACCUACAUGGUGGUCGCAGAAGGCCUAUUCGCCCCCCCAUCACACUAUCCAUGCUUACAGCUCUCAAAGCCACCCUAGUCUUGUCAGAUCCCUUUGACACGUGCAUUUGGGCCAUGGCUGCCUGUGCCUUUUUCAGGAUGAUGCGCUUCGGCGAAGUUUCAGUCGCAUCCCGCGCAGCCUUCUCCCCUUCCAAACACCUCAAUCGCGCAGACACAUUCUUUGAUCGUGACCUGCGAUGCAAGCCCUAUGCACGUCUAGACCUUCCAUCAGCCAAAACCGCACGUCCUGGGGAAAGGCAGUCAGUUUUCCUCAAUGAACAGGGUGAUUUGUGCCCUCUCACAGCCCUCCAUAACCUGGCAAGUGUUGUUCCCGCACUUGCCAGUGACCCAUUAUUUUCAUGGCAUGACAGCAAAGGCGAUGUCCACCCAAUGGCCAAAGUACGGGCAAUAGAGCGGAUCAACUCAAUACUGGUGGCCUGGGGAUGGGGCACUACCUUCGGACACUCCUUUCGCAUUGGCGGUGCUUCGUUUUACCUUGCAAAAAAGGUUGAUCCAGAAAUCGUGCGGAUCACCGGCCGCUGGAAGUCCUUAGCUUAUGAAACAUAUAUCUGGGCGUUUGAACAAAUUUCCUCGCAACAUUUGGCCAACGCUGCAUUGCUCUAG